UGUUGGUGUCUCUGUCGUCAUGUCAGAGUGAGGAAGUGCACUGUGCACUGUGCAAGAUUUUCUGCUCACAUGGGCUGCCUGUGUUAUUGUGGUGCCAGUUUGCCGCCUGUUUCGCCAGAGAAUGCACAAUCUGUAAACGUCACACGGCUGAAAUAAACACAGCUUGGCCCCUCGAAAAUGGCCAGCGAAGGCCCUGACAGUGUUGGAGGAAUCCAAGGGUAUCUGAUAAAGCUCCACGGUUUUCUAAUUGAUUCUGAUACCAGGCUUGCUGCCCUAAGAUGUCAUGAUAUUAUUGGGGAUCUUGGGCAAGAGUGCAUGGUUACUAAAAGCGAGAAUGAAUUAGUUUUACAGGCGUCCUUGCUCUUCGCCAAGGAAGAGGGUUUGCUCAGUUUUCUCCGAAAAUCCCUAUCUAAUGAAGAGUUACGUGAUGCCAGAGUGGAUAUCCUUCAUCUAUUGGAUACCUUUCUUCAGCGGAUGUCCACAGGUGUCAAAGGCUGGGAAAAGACCUAUGCCAUUGACCUUAAGGAUGUUUGCAUGGUGGUCUACACAAAGGAUAAAGCUGCCAAAUGCCGUGCCCCAGCCUUGGAACUUCUGGUCAAGAUCUUAUAUCUGACGAAGGACUCCACGAUUGGUCAUAAGCUGCAGGUGGGGGAUAUGUUCAACAAGUUCUAUGGCGAACUCGCCCAGAAAACCAAGAUACCUGAUACAGUGCUUGGCAACAUCUAUGAGCUGUUGGGGGUGUUGGGUGAAGUGCAUCCCAGCGAGAUGGUGCCCCACUCAGACAAGCUCUACAGAGCCUACCUUGGAGAGCUUAAAGGCCAGAUGACGUCCUCAACUAAAGAGCCUAAGCUGCAGGUAGUGGCUGGGUGCCUGAGAGGAAUCACCGCUCUCAUGGUCAACUUCACCAAGUCUAUGGACGAGGAUCCGACAACUUCAAAGGAGAUCUUUGAUUAUGCACUCAAGUCCAUCAGUCCUCAGAGUGAGAUGAAACGCUAUGCUGUCACCUUUGCUGGGUUAAGGCUGUUUGCCAAGCAUGCUGUGCAGUUCAGCAGCUGUCUGAUGGACCACUACAGGCAGGUGUUUGAGGUCAUGUCCAAGCUGUGUGGCCACAUUAAUGUGGAGAUGAAGAAGACCAGCUAUUAUGCCCUCGAGUCUUUUCUAAAGCAAGUUGCAGUCCUGGUGGCCGACGACAUAGAGCAGCACAAGGGCAAGCUGAAGUUCUUCAUGCAGAAGUUCUGUGCCAUCAUAAAGACCAUGGACUCCUCUAACAAGGAGCUGUCCAUUGCCAUAAGGGGAUACGGCCUCUUUGCAGCGCCGUGUAAAGUGGUGUGCCCCCAGGAUGUGGAUCUGAUGUACACUGAGUUGAUGCAGCGCUGUAAGCAGAUGUACCUGACGGAGUCGGACCGGGAUGAUGACAACAUCUACCAGCUGCCCAGCUUCCUGGACUCCAUCGCCAGUGUACUCGUCCACCUCGACAAGAUUCCUGAGGUGUACACCCCUGUGCUGGAGCGACUGCUGGUGGUGCAGAUUGACAGCUUCCCCCAGUACAGCCAGCGCAUGCAGCACGCCACCUGCCGAGCCAUCAUCAAGGUCAUAGUUGCUAUGGCAGCCAAAGGGCCGGUGUUGUGGAGCUUCAUCAGUUCCGUGGUACACCAAGGGUUGAUCAGAGUCUGUUCAAAGCCAAUUCCUCAGCUUGAGGAAGGUGGCACUGUUCAGAGCAGUUCAUCAGCGGAGGAUGGGGGAGAGACCACACAGGUGCGCACUGGGAAAUGGAAGGUGCCUUCCUGCCGCGACUACCUGGAUCUCUUCAGGGGCAUUUUGGACUGUGAAAAUCUCAGGGACACUGGGUUUUUGGACGGAGCACUGGAGUCUCAGAACUCCAACCUGACGUCUCUGAACCGUCUGCUGUAUGACGAGGUGGUGAAGUCCAUCAUGAAGAUAAUAGAGAAGCUGGACCUGUCUGUACAGAGAGUCAACACAGACGAGGAAGCCCAGCAGGGUCAGUCUGAGGAGGGUGUUGCCCUGGUGCCAUCCUCCGACCCCACCGCCCACCUCAUCCCCAGCAGACCCAAGGACUUCACUGCCUUCAUCAACCUGGUGGACUUCAGCAGUGAGCUGCUGUCCCAGAGGCGUGUGGAGUAUUUUGAGCAGUGGGUGCACCCCCUCAGCCACCACCUCAUCCUCCACUCCAUACGCUUCCCCCUCGUCAGCGGAUUCUACCGCCUGCUCUCCCUUGCCAUGAACAUCGCCAAGAGGAUACACUACUUCCAGGGUGUUGGCCCAAAGAGCUACAAGUCCACAGAGGACAAAGACCCAGUGAAAUGUGGCUGCUUUGCUCUCGUGUCCAAGUUUGGGAAAGAGGUGUCUGUGCGGAUAAAGCAGUAUAAGGAUGAGUUGCUGGCUGCCUGCCUGACAUUCGUCUUGUCACUGCACUAUGAUAUUGUUGCUCUGGACAUCAAGGCCUACAUUCCUGCACUCCAGGCCGCUCUGCGUCUGGGCCUGAGCCACGCUCCCCUGGCCACGGCAGCGCUGGAUGCUCUGGAGCUCUGGUCCUCACACAUCCCCCGUGAGACCAUGCAGCCCCACUAUGGGGACAUACUGCCCCACUUGGACGGGUACCUCAAGACAGCUGCUGGGGACCAAGAUGCGAGUGGUGUGGAGGUGAUGUGUCUGUCGUCUGGCAGUGAGAAGGGCUAUGGCAAAGUGAUGAUGAGGCUGCUGAAGAAGGCCAAGCGUCUACCCACGGGUGAUGAGUCUCCCAUUGCUGCGGUGAGGAGGAGGGUGGUCAGGCUUCUGGGCCACCUGGGAGGACAGCUGAACAGGAGCCUGGUGACGGCCAUCUCCGCAGAGGACAUGAUGAAGAAGUUUGUGGCGUGGGACAGUGAGAGGAGGCUGAGUUUCGCGGUGCCCUUCUCAGACAUGAAGCCUGUUAUCUACCUCGACUGCUUCCUACCCCGCAUCACGGAGUUGGCCCUCACCUCCAGCGACCGCCAGACCAAGGUGGCCGCGUGUGAGCUGCUCCAUACUCUGGUGGUGUAUAUGGUGGGUAAGGGAGCUCAGAUGGUGGAGGGGGAUAAGUCCUCUCCCCCCAUGUACAACCUCCACAAGCGCGUCUUCCCCGUACUGCUCAGGCUUGCCUGUGAUGUAGACCAGGUGACGAGGCAGCUGUUUGAGCCCUUGGUCAUGCAGUUGAUCCACUGGUUCACCAACAACAAGAAGUUUGAGAGUCAGGACACCGUUGCAGUACUGGAGGCCAUUCUGGAUGGCGUGAUCGACCCGCUGGACAGCACGCUGCGUGACUUCAGUGGCCGCUGCAUCCAGGAGUUUGUCAGGUGGUCCAUCAAGCAGACCACGCCCAAGCAGCAGGAGAAGAGCCCGGCCAACAUCAAGUCCCUCUUCAAGCGCAUCUACAGCCUGGCCCUGCACCCCAACGUCUUCAAGAGGCUCGGCGCCGCGCUGGCCUUCAACAGCAUCUACCGACAGUUAAGGGAGGAGAGUUCACUGGUGGAGCAGUUUGUGUUUGAGAUCCUGGUUGUGUUUGUGGAGAGCUUGGCCCUGGCCCAUGCCGAUGAGAAGUCAAUGGGCACGGUGCAGCAGUGUGGCAGUGCUCUGGAGCACCUGAAGAGAAUCAUCAAGCAGAAGGCUCCCUCCCUCAGUCAGACCACCAAGAGACGCGUGCCCAGAGGGUUUCCUCCAGAUGUCUCCUUCUCCCUGUCUGAGGUGGUGCUGUGGCUGCUGGAACAGUGUGGGCGACCGCAGACCGAGUGCAGACACAAGUGCAUGGAGCUCUUCUAUGAGUUUGUGCCAUUGCUGCCAGGGAAGAGUUCCCCUGCCCAGUGGCUGGAUCAGCAGGUGAAGAGUGAGGGCGUGGGCUUCCUAGUGUCUCGCCUGGAGGGGGGCGGCCUGCUGAGCCAGCCCAGCCUACGCAGCCUGCAGGGCCCCUUCAGCGUCCGGGUCACCCUGCAGUGGAUGGACGCCCUGCUGGCAGCCCUCGACUGCUACAAAACCUUCACGGGCCUCAGGCUCAUACAGCCACAAAGCAUACAGGGGUCAGCUGACAACUCCAGCUUCCUGGCGGCUCUGCACUUCUUCCUGUCGGAGCUGGCCGGGCAGGACCUGGAUGCAGCGGAGCGUUGCUUCCACACGGGGGCGCCAGCAGCGUCCCUCCACAGCCCUCGCGAGAGAGAGCUCUACUCCUACAGCAAGUGCACCAUCAUCGUCAGGCUGCUGGAGUUCACCACCAUGGUGCUGGGCAAGUGCCAACAGGACACCUGGCAGCUGUUUGAAGCAGACAUCUUCAACUCCGCCUUCUUCGAGCUGGUUGCCAUGACGGUGAGUGAGCCGUCGUGCGUGGGGUUCGACAUGGCUGACCUGGAGGUGAUGACUCACCUGCCCCAGGUGUGUGUUCCCCUGUUGAAGGCCCUGGCCACCUCCCCCUACAGACACAGCCUGGAGACCAGCCUCAGGAAGAGGAUCUCCGCACAGAGUGUGGAGGACCUGUGCUCAGUGGACCUGUAUGAUCCAGACACUCGUGGCAGCCACGCCAAGACUGAGAUGAUGCUCUCUGCCUGCAAGCAGCUGCACCAGGCCUGCCUGCUCACCUCCGUCUUACACAACAAGGAUGCCAGCUACAGCCAUGGUCUAGGCUCCAGGCUCCUAUUGGCUGUUUAUAAAGGCAUAGCACCUGGGGAGGACAGGAAGUCCCUCCCCUCCAUGGACGUGGGCAGCAGGAAGCUGGCUGAUGGGCUCGUUCAGCUGUCAUUCUCACUGGGUGGACAGAGUGAGCAGGUUGUGGGUCUCCUGCUGAACACCCUCUCCCUCUCGGUGCCUCUGUCGGGCAGCCUGAACCCCAAGUUCCUGAGCUUCUCCCAUGGGGAGUACUUCUACAGCCUCUUCCACCCCACCAUCAACACCGAGCUGCUGCGCUGCCUAGACACCACCGUGCCUCUGCUGCUGGCUGCGGCCACACAGAACUCCAGCAUGGUAAGCAUUCUGCUCAACGGAAUGUUGGACCACAGCUUCCGUGAGCGUUCCGUGAGGCGGAGCCAGGGCUCGCGAUUGGCCGAGCAGAUCCUGCAGAGGUGGGAGUCCCUACGGCCAUGGUGGGGAAGCCCCGCCUCCUCUCCCCAGAGCAAGACGGCCACCCUCACCCUCCUCUCCAAAGUGCUGCAGAUUGACUCCUCUGUGUGCUCCAACACUGAGCAUCAGGCCUUCCAGUCCGUCUUCACCACCUUCACCACCCUCAUCGUCGACAUGAGCCUGCCCCUCGACCUCAAGAGUCAGGCCCUGAUCAUGCUGCCGUUCUUCACGGUGCUGCCUGCGGCUCCCCUGGCUGAGCUGCAGAGGGCGCUGGAGGUGCUGGUGGCCUCCCACUUCCCCAUGCAGUCGGACGAGCUGCCCCGCGGGUCACUCCAGUGCAACAACUACAUGGACUGCAUCCGCAAGUUCCUGGAUGCGUUGGAGCUGUCUCAGAGCCCCAUGCUGUUGAAGCUGAUGGCUGGGGUGCUGUGCAGAGACAAGAAGCACAUCAUGGAGGACCUCUUCCAGACCUGCUUCCUCAGAAUCGCCAGACGCUCAACUGUUGAUCGUCAGUUGGACUUGCUGUCCGCUGUCUACAAAACGUUCCGUGAGGCUGACGUUCCGGUGCGUUCCAUGCUGCUGGCGGUGGUGGACCGUGUUCUGUUACCCCUGGCAACCCACUGCAGUCCCUGGGCCCUCAGCUUGUUCUUUGUCACCAACAUCUCGGACGUCAUGACAACCCUGCAAGCCCGCGCCAGCAAGUCAGUGGAGGCUGCGUUUGAGAGCCAGGUGAUGAUGAAGAGAGGACUGUAUAAGCUGAUGGAGCUGCUGUACUCCCGGCUGCCAAAGGAGGAGCUCUACUCCAAAGAGUCUCAGAUCAACCAGGCCUUCUGUGGAGACGGCGCCAAAGCAGAGGGCAACGAGCUCUCCAAGAACCUGCUCAAGUCGUGUUUCGAGGCCUUCACAGAGAACAUGACGGGGGAGACGCAGCUGCUUGAGCUGAGGAGGCAGCUCCAUUGUGCCUCCUACAACUGCGCCAUCGCACUCAUCUGCUGCAGCUUCAACGAGACCAAGUUCUACCAGGGUUUCCUCUUUACCGAGAAACCAGAGAAGAAUCAGCUUAUAUUUGACAACCUCUUAGACAUCCAGAGAACAUACCAGUUCCCCAUUGAAAUUGAUGUUCCUAUUGAGCGAAAGAAGAAAUAUGUCAUGAUACGCAAGGAAGUGAGUGGAGAAAAUGGAGAUGCCCCAGUGUACCUGUCCUCCCAGUCCUACAUGGCUGACAGCAGCCUGAGUGAGGAGAUGAGCCAGUUUGAUUUCUCCACCGGAGUACAGAGCUUUUCCUACAGCUCCCAGAAUCCAUCAGGGCUCAGCAGAGCCAAGAGGACACAGGAGCCAGUGGACACGGUGGCCCAGGAGGAGACAGUGGAGCUGGAGAUGGAUGAGUUGAACCAGCAUGAGUGCAUGGCCAGCAUGACCGCCCUGCUCAACCACAUGCAGAGGAACAACAUAACGCCCAGAGUACCAGAGGGCACUACUCCCCCUGAGCUUCCUCCCUGGAUGAAGUUCCUUCAUGGGAAGCUGAGCAACCCGUCCACCCCUCUCAACAUCCGCCUGUUCAUCGCCAAACUCAUCAUCAACACUGAGGAGGUCUUCCGUCCGUAUGCCAAGCAGUGGCUGGGGCCUCUGCUGCAGCUGGUGGUGAGUGGCCAUAACGGGGGAGAGGGCAUCCACUUCAUGGUGGUAGACAUCGUGGUCACCGUCCUCUCCUGGACCAGUCUGGCCACACCCAAGGGCAACACCAAAGACGAGGUUCUAGCCAAUCGACUGCUAGAGUUCCUGAUGCGGAACUGCUUCAACCAGAAGAGGCCUGUGUUCCGCCACAACCUGGAGAUCAUCCGCACGGUGGUGGAGUGCUGGAAGGAUUCUCUACACGUGCCUUACGGUCUGAUCUAUGAGCGCUUUGCCGGUACAGACCCCAACAGCAAGGACAACUCAGUGGGUCUACAGCUGCUGGGCAUUGUGCUGGCCAACAACCUGCCUCCCUACGACAUCGACUGCAGCGUCAGCCAGGACCGCUAUUUCCAGUCCCUUGCCAACAAUCUGGGUUUUAUUCGCUACAAGGAAGUGUUCUCUGCUGCUGCUGAAAUCAUUGGCCUGAUUCUCAACUACCAGGCAACAAAAAAUCAACAUGAUGAGUCUUUAUUCAGUCUCACCGUUUCAAAGUUGUCCGAAUUGAACAAGAAGAGCAUGGAUGACAAGUUCGUCAUCGGCCUCAGCAAAGUCUGCAAGCACUUCCCUCCUCUAGUGGACAGGUUUGUGAAUAUCAUCUUCUUCCUGCUGCCUAAACUGCAUGGCAUCCUGAAGACCCACUGCCUGGAGUGUGUAGCCAGCCGAGCGGAGGUCAUCCCAGACAUCUACACACACCUCAAGACCAAAGACUUCACCCAGAUCAUGACACACAGAGAUGAGGCUAGGCAGCGUGUGUGUCUGGACAUUGUGCAUAAGCUGCUGGCUGUUUUGAAGCCUGUGGAGCUGAGGGAGCUGCUACCAUCCAUCACCUCCUUCACCUCCCACCCCUCCCCCAUCUGCAGGGAGCGCAUGUACCACAUCCUCAUGUGGAUACAGGACAACUACAGUGACACCGAGUCCAAGGAGGACCAGACAUCUCUGGAGGUGUUGAACACUGCCAAAGAUACUCUUCUACAGGGCCUUACAGACGACAACUCUGGACUGCAACUGUACGUACGGAACUUCUGGAGUCACGAGCGGCGAUUGCCGGGGGCGACUCUGGAGCGUAUGCUGGUGGUGCUGCAGUCUCUGUACUCACCCCGUAUAGAGGAGCGCUUCCUCAGCCUGGCCACAGACCUGCUGCUGGAGAGGACCAGCCAGAGCCCCGACUACACACGCAACAUGUUCGAAUACCCGCUCUCAGAGUGCAAGUUCCAGGAUUACAUGGUGGAUGCCAACUGGCGUCUACGUAGCACGGUGUUGACGCCCAUGUUUGUGGAGACGCUGGCGUCCCAGAGCGGCUCGGGGGGGAGCGCGGGGGGGUCCCAGGCCAGCAGCAUGGGGGGCCAGGUCAGAGCCACGCAGGCCUCCCUGGAGUUCAGCCAGACACAGGCACCAGGCUCAGGUCGGCGCACUGCCUACAACUGGCUGACGGGCAGUAGUGUGGACACUCUGGCGGAGUACUCCCUGCCUGCCUCUGAGUCCAUGUCCUCGUCCCUGCUGGUGUUUGGCAAGAGGGACCGGCCGCCCUCCUGGAAGACUGUGGGGGCGGGCUUUGGGGCCAAGAGAGCCCAGGCCGCCACCGACGAGACGGACAGCAGGAGUGCAGCGGCGCGUGAGCGUCGUGCAGAUAUCCUGAGGCUGAAGCGGCGUUUCCUGAAGGACCAGGAGAAGGUCAGCCUGCACUUCGCCAAGAAGGAGAUCAGCUCACAGCGCCAAGAGAAGGUAAAGCAGGCCGAGCAGAAGAUCCGUCGUGAUGCCCAGGUGACUCUGUACCGCAGCUACAGAGUAGGAGACCUGCCGGACAUCCAGAUACAACACAGCAGCCUCAUAGCACCACUCCAGGCCCUUGCACAGAGGGAUGCGACCCUGGCCAAGCAGCUGUUCUCUGCCCUCUUCUCGGGCAUCCUGGAGGAGAUGGACCGUUCUCAGUCGUCAGGGGAGAGGAGGAGGGUUCUAGAAGACCUGCUGCACAACAUCAACCUCAUACUCAACAAGAGCACCGCCUACUUCCCACCAUUUGUGGCAUGCGUACAGGACAUGAGCUAUCAGCAUCGUGAGCUGCUGGGCGUGCAGCCGGGGGCGGUGAGCGCCAGCUGCCUGGCGAGUCUGCAGCAGCCCAUGGGCAUCCUGCUGCUGGAGGAGAGCCUGCUCAGGGGCCCCGCCAUGCCCGACGAACCCCCCUCCAAACGGGCACGCGGACGCCGAGAGCUGCCCCCCGACACAGAGCGCUGGAUACACCUGGCCAAGCUGUACCGGUCUCUGGGCGACUAUGACGUGGUGCGGGGUGUGUUUGGGGGGAAGAUUGGCACCAAGACCAUCACCUGUGAUGCUCUGCAGGCUGAGGCCAAGGGAGACUAUGCAGAGGCCGUCAAGCUCUAUAACGAGGCGAUAAACAUAGAGGAGUGGCGUGACGGCGAGCCCAUGGACGCGGAGAAGGAUUUCUGGGAGAUAGCAGCGCUGGACUCCUACAGCCACCUGACGGAGUGGAAGUCCCUGCAGUACUGCGCCACCGUCAACAUCGACGACAGCUCCCCUGUCAACCUGGACAAGAUGUGGAGCGACCCCUUCUACCAGGAGAACUACCUGCCCUACAUGAUGCGCAGUAUGCUGAAGCAGCUGCAGCUGGGCGAUCGAGACCAAUCACUGCUCAGCUUCGUGGACGCCGCCAUGAAGGACGAGAAGCAUAAGGUUGUCAUGGAGACACACUACAGCCAGGAGCUUAGCCUGCUCUAUGUGCUGCAGGAGGACUAUGAUCGCGCCAAGUACUACGCCAACUCCCAGAUGCAAGUCUUCAUGCAGAACUACUCCAGCAUCGACCCGCUGCUCAACCAGAGCCGCCUGACCGUGCUGCAGUCUGUCCAGGCCCUCACCGAGAUCCAGGACUUCCUGCACUUCAUCACUGGAAACGUGUCUGUGUCGUCAUUGAAGAAUCUCGUCAGACACUGGACUGCACGCUACCCUGAUGCCAAAAUGGACCCCAUGAACGUCUGGGACGACAUCAUAACUUCUCGGUGUUUCUUCCUGGAUAAGAUCCUCCAGAAGCUGCAGGUGUCUGGUGCUGAUGACAGUAUGGAGGUGGAUGGAGACGCUACAGAGCUGGACCAGCCGGAGGACCUGGAGGCCCUCGUCAAGGACUGCAAGUUCAACAUGAAGCUCAGGAUGGCUGACAGCGCAUGGAAACAGAACUGUUUCCCGGUGUCCACCAAACUUCUGAAGGAGCUUCAUCGUGAUGCUAAGAGCCAGGAGGAGCGCCUGCUGCGCUGGGUGCACAGCUUCAGCCGCUUCAGCCACAGACGCAGCGCCUCUCUGGGGCCCAGCGAGCAGAUCGGCAGCCUCCUCAAGACCAUACCACUGCUUGAGGACACAGAGAAGCACAGCGAGCGCUCGGGCCGGGGGCGGGUCUACCGCAGCCAGCGCAUCCUGAUGGGCACCUCCUUCAGCCUACUGGCCAACGCUAUUGGCCAAAACCCCUCAGCACUGGAGGCCAUUGGCCAAGACAAGGCUGACAGGCUGCUGCAGUACGCUGAGGCAUCACCCAACAGCACUCAGGUGGAGGUUGUGGAGAAGCUGCAGUUGCGAGCCCUGGAGCUGCUCCGCAGUGCCACCCGGAGGGCAGAUGAGGAAGUGCAGUCCUUCUCGGAGCAGCACUGGGACUCCUCGGGCAUCAUAGAGGCACACAUCACCCUCGCCAACUUCUGUGACAAGAUCCUCAGGGAGGAAGAACAGAGAGAAGGAUCAGUGAGUGGGUUUGCUGAGCAGCAGGGGUUGGCGGUGUGUGUGGUGCAGUCCAUGCUGAAGGCCCUGAGGCUCAACUCUGAGGAGGCCCGACUCCAGUUCCCACGACUACUGCAGCUGGUGGAGCUCUACCCUGCAGAGACACUCAGCAUCAUGGCCAAAGAGGUGGUCACCGUGCCGUGCUGGCAGCUGAUUGGCUGGAUCAGUCAGAUGAUGGCCCUGCUGGACAAGCGGGAGGCGGUGGCGGUGCAGCAGGUGAUCUGGGAGAUAGCAGAGAGCUACCCCCAGGCGCUGGUCUACCCAUACAUGAUCAGCAGCGAGAACUACAGCUUCGAGGAGACCGCCGAGGGACACAAGAACAAGGAGUUUGUGGACAGGCUAAAGCCACUGCUUGAUAAGGGAGGAGUCAUUCAGGAUUUCGUUGAUGCCUUGCAGCAGCUGACCAACCCUGAGAUGCUCUUCAAGGACUGGUGGGAUGAGGUGAAGAACCAGCUUGAGAAACCCAGCCUGGACAAGAAGAAGAUGAGGGCCCUGUACGACACCAUGUUCUCCUCCCUCUGCGACUCCAGGGCCACGCGCUUCGGCGCUUUCCGCAAGAAGUUCACGCAGAAAUUCUCCAAGGAGGUGGAGAAGGCGCUGGGUGCGGGCUGCUCCAAGCUGUUUGAGAAGCGUAAAGACAAGCUGUACCUGCGGCAGGUAGACGAGCUGGCGGGCUCCAUGCGGGGCUUCCAGAAGGAGCCGGGCAACCUGAAGGAGUACUCGCCAUGGCUCAGCAACUUCAGGCCCGACACCCUGAGGAGCGAGCUGGAGAUACCUGGUCAGUAUGAUGGCAGAUCCAAGCCUUUGCCUGAAUAUCAUGCCAAGAUUACAGGAUUUGAUGAGAGGGUCAAGGUCAUGACCUCUAUCCGGCGUCCUAAGCGUCUGGUGAUCCGCGGCGAUGAUGAGAAGGAGUACCCGUUCCUGGUGAAGGGGGGUGAGGACCUGCGUCAGGACCAGCGCAUCGAGCAGCUGUUCGGGGUCAUGAACAUCCUGCUGCACCACGACACCGCCUGCUCCCAGAGGAACAUGCAGCUGCGCACCUACCAGGUGGUGCCCAUCACCAGCAGGAUUGGUCUGAUUGAGUGGAUGGAAAACACCUGCACCCUGAAGGACUUCCUGGCCAGCAGAAGAACAGAGCAGGAGCAGAGGACUAUUUUAGCACCAAAUGAAGCGUAUGGCAGCUGGCUUUUUAAAAUUGGAAAAGACACUGGUAUUCGUCAGUAUGCGGAGUCAUACAAGAAGGCGAAUCGCACUGACACCAUUAACAACUUCCGGAAGAUUGAACAGAUGGUCCCUGAGGAUCUAUUGAGACGUGCGUUUGUGCGUAUGAGUACCACCCCCGAGGCCUUCCUGACGCUGCGCUCCCACUUCGCCGGCUCCCACGCGCUGCUGUGCGUGAGCCACUGGCUCCUGGGUAUCGGAGAUCGCCACCUCUCCAACUUCAUGAUCAACACCGAGACCGGCGGCAUGAUCGGCAUCGACUUCGGACACGCCUUCGGCUCCGCCACACAGUUCCUGCCUGUGCCGGAGCUGAUGCCGUUCCGGCUGACUCGGCAGUUUGUGCAGCUGAUGCGUCCGCUGCAGGAGUCUGGCCUGAUCCGCAGUGUCAUGGUGCAUGCGCUCAGAGCCUUCCGCCAGCAGCCAGACCUGCUGCUCAACACCAUGGAUGUGUUCGUCAAGGAGCCCUCGCUCGACUGGAAGAACUUUGAGAUGAAGCAGCUGAAGAAAGGAGGGAAGUGGAUGGAGAGUGUGGACGUGAAGGAGAUCAACUGGUACCCUCUGCAGAAGGUCAGCUUCGCCAGGAGGAAGCUGGAGGGAGCCAACCCUGCUGUCAUCACCAGUGAGGAGCUGCUGCUGGGUUUUGAGAAGGACCCUGCGGUGAAGGGGAUGCUGGCGGUGGCGCGGGGCUCUGAGGAGCAUAACGUGCGCGCCAAGAAGGGGGACAAGGGGCUGAGUGCGGAGGAGCAGGUGGACUGCCUACUAGACCAGGCUACCGACCCCAAUCUACUGGGCAGGGUCUGGGUAGGCUGGGAGCCAUGGAUCUGAUGCGGACUGGAUACCCCACACACACACACAUAGUACAGUGCAGUUUGUAUGGCUCAAGUUUCUGGGUAGAAUACACGUCACACUUUGGGUCCGUUUCAAUAUGUAAUCUCCUGUCCUCUCUUGUGCCUGUGGCCUCAUGAUGACGUCACAGACAAUAGAAGCUUAAUUCACUCGCAAAAGCGCAAUUCAAAGAUAAUUUUCUCUUUUGUAAUCUUGAUGUCAAAUGGGUAAAAGUCCCCCAAAAGUUGUUGUUUCUAGGCUGAUAGCGCAGAAACUUGUUUUUU